UUCUUUUCUCUCCCUGUCAGCCAUCCCACGACCACCCAUACGGAUCUUUAGUCGAAGACUGUUGUUCCACGACAUCUAGCAGCGAGCAACAGCAACAGCAGCUCUUGCCCUCAUCCUCAUCGCAACCCAUCUUCCUGCCUCUGCUCCAUCCUCUCCCGCCCCCGUGCGCGCAGACGCCGCCGCCUUCGCCGCCAUGUCAGGUGCAGUGCCCUUCGGAUUCGGCCAGGAUGGGUCGCCCUUUCCACCUCAUCCUACUCGACAGCCAAACGGCAAUGGCAACGCAAAGCCGCAUAAGGCCACAGCGACAGCAUCAGCUCCUGCUCCUCGACCUCCACCGCUGCCUCAGGGUGCACAUCAGCAAGAGAUGCAAUGGCGCAAGCAGAAUGGCUAUCCUGUGCAGCCCUCUUAUCCCUCACAGUCCUUCGCCCCUGGCCAGCUUAUCAUCCCGCCUCAGCAGAAGCAGAGGGCCAGCAGCUUCAGCCCCAUCUCUCCUGGCGCUGCACCCUUCGCAGCUGGACCCAGGCAUCCUUCCCAAGGCUACUCGACGCAGCUCAAGCCUGGUCAGCCUGUCGACAUGCCGCCUGGAGGAUACUAUCGCUCAGCCAGUGUCGGCCCACCACAGCAUCAGCAACACCAGCAUCAAGGUUACGCUGGCGGCGGCGGCGGCGGCGGCGGUCACUUCCAGUCGCGGUCCUACGAUGAUCGACCACCAGCGCCACUCCCGCCUCCCCCUCUUCCGCAUCCCUCUUCGUCCUACCACGCAGCUGCACCGAUGCCACAGCCUCGACGAGCUAGCAAUAAUCACGCUGCGCCGCCCCCUGCGGCCACACUCGUCAAAGAAGCGCGUCGCAGCAGCGCAGACGCGACGGGAGCUCCCGUCCUCGCCAUGCCCCUCACCGACAUGGAGACGCUCACCGCUCGCCGUGAGAAGGCCCUCGCAGCCAACCUCGAAUCGAUGAAGCUCGAUUGGGCUCGUCUCGUCGUCCGCUACGUUGAGCGGGUCCACGCAGACGCUAUCAGCCUGACGGACCCCACGCUCAUUCGCUACGUCGACGAGGCAAUGGCCGUCAUCAACCGCCGCGCUUCUUCUUCCUCUCCAGAUGCUCUGGGACUCUAUAUGCGCGGCGACCUGCGAGCAUCAGGCAAAUUCCCUUCGUAUCACCGCAAAGACCCGAAGAAUGCCUUCAACGACUUUGAGCUCUCCGGCCGACUUGGCCAUGCAGCCAGCUGGUUCCGCAUUGGUCAGGACUACGAGCAUCUCGAUGACCCUGCACGCGCUCGUGAGGCCUACGCCCGUGGGCAGGCCCUGAGAGAUGUAGGCUGUAUCUACCGCAUGGGUAUGAUGCAUUUAAUGGGCCAGAUUGGCGCAGCGACGGACUAUCCGCUCGCCAUGUCUCUGCUGAAGGAGGCAUCGGAGCUCAGCAACGAAGAGACACCGCAGCCAAGCUACGUUCUGGGCAUGCUAUUUCACGGCGAGUUCUCGCAUAUCCCCAUCCCUGCGCACCUUUUCAGUCCCAUACCAGACCCGGCUCAGCCCCGCGUCCAGCCGACGAAGGAGCGUACAGCCUACCACCUCAUUGAGCGGUCCGCUUUCCUUAACUUCGCGCCCGCGCAGUACAAGCUGGGCUGGGCGUACGAGUAUGCGCAGCUGGAUUGCCCCUUUGAUCCUUUGCUGUCCGUGCAGUAUUACUCGCUCGCCAGCAAGGGAGGAGAGGUGGAGGCGGACAUGGCUGUAAGCAAGUGGUUCCUCUGUGGGGCUGAAGGAUGCUUUGACAAGAACGAGAGCCUCGCCUAUCUCUUUGCAGAGAAGGCAGCGCGAAGGGGCCUGGCCAGCGCUGAGUUUGCUCUGGCAUACUAUCACGAGGUCGGCGUCGGGUGUAACAAGGACGUGCCCGCGGCAAAGGGUUGGUACAAGCGGGCUGCGGCGCGGGGUAAUGCAGAUGCAAAGGAGCGCCUCGAGGCGCUGGAGAAGGACCAGGGGACGACCUUGUCGCGCAGCGAGCAUGAGGCACAGUUGGAUGUCAGGCUGCAGAGGAAACACACGGCUGCUCAGGCUCUCUCCCAGAAAGAGGGAAGGAAGGCAAGGGAUCAACGACAGAUGCCCCCAAUGCCUACGGGAGGGGCAAGUGGGCAGGAGACGCUCUCGACUGGGUUUGAGCACCUCAAUCUCAAGAAUCAGGGAGGAGGUGGCCAGCAGCAGACCGCAGCUAAGCCACCGCGAGACGUCAGGAGAAGGCAGACAAUGAGGAUGGUCGACGAUGCGGCCUCCUGGCGUGGCUUGCCCUCGCGACAGCAGCAGCAGACGCCUGCUCCUCCUCUUCCUCAACAACAGGCGAUGCCCAUGCCCACACCUCAGCCGUUCCGCGCCACUACACCUCAACCUGCGCCAGCUCGCCAGCCGCCAGCAACCCAUAUGGCCACCCCUCCUCACCCGCAAGGACGUCGUCCGUCCUCUACCAUGUCGCCCGCGCCAGCCCCACCUCAGCCUGGCCCUGCCUCGCACCACCGCAUGCCCCCUCCCGCUCCUUUCCCUUCCGGCCCAUCGGGACCUAGUCCUGCGCCAAAUGCAGCAAUGAUGGGGCGCCGCAAUCCGUCGAGCCAGGGUGGACCCCACCAGCAGGCACCUUCCUCCUCGUCCGCGUCGACAUCAUCGCCGCCGCGCAAGGAUCCACAGAAGUUUGAUACCUUUGAGGAGAUGGGUUUCGCAAGUAGUGCAGUGGGGAGCGGGAAGGAUUGUGUGGUCAUGUAGGCGGGACGAGCUGGGAAUGGAGGGUGAAGAGGGUAGCAAGGCACUGCAUCUGAACAUUGACAUCUUUAUACCUUAUCAUCUACCUCUUGAGAGCCCUUUUCGCUCAGCCAAACACUGCAAUGCAGAUGCAAACUUGCCUUCUCUCAUUCGGGUUGGUCUUGCGCAAGGCGAUGUCGUACGACAGCAAGGAGGCGAGGACUGCGCGCACGAUCGC